AUGGCUACUGCGCGCAAAACAGACGUCGCCUGCAUGGAUCUGGAGGAGCAGCUAGCAAUGUUGAUAUCUGCUCACACAAAAAGGUCAAUAGCCACAGGCAAGAAGCGAAAGGCGCUAGCCAAUACGGAAAUCGACGAGAAGAAGUCCCAGCUCGAAGAAAAGCUCGCAGCUUACGUCUUCACACGACCAGGUCCACCAACAUCUCCUAGGGAGAGUGUUCUAGGUCAGCGACAACGAAAGAUAGAGCACCAGUUGAAGAAACUGGUCAAGGCUGAGAUCGACGGGCCAUCAGAUGAGCGUCGACAGGAGUUGAGCAAAGUUCUUGCGGAGUACCAACAGCAAUGCUUUCCAAAACCACUCGACCCGCACACAAAGGGCUGGGAGCCCUCCCGAUUUCGUUGCCUUGACCCCGAAGAUCCAAAGUACAAACCUGACUUCGUCACUGACGAGGAAGACGCAGCAUCAGAUGAUCUCGUGUACGACGUUCAAGAGACAAUGAACAAGCAAAAGGCAGAUCAACAGGAAGCAGGAGACAGGAAGAAAUAUUACUCAUUGCCAGAUGACUACGAUGAAGACGACAGCGCCAAAUCCACCGACAUCGAGAUGAGGUCAGGCUCAGAAUGGGACAGCGCAUCCACCCACUCAAAUCGAGACCUGGCCAUGGCCAGUGACUGGAAAUCCUCUGACGAUGAAGACUCCGACUGGUCAAUCGAUGACGAUGAAGACGAUGACGAUGACGAUGAAGACGAUGACGAUGACGAUGAAGACGAUGACGAUGAAGACUUGUCCAUGUGUAAGUAUCAUGGCCACGCGGUCCGCGUUCAAGACGCUAAUGCUUUGUAG